AUGCAGCUCAACACCUCCUCCUCUCCCUCUCCUCCUCCUUCUCCUCUCCCGGUAACCCUGAGCUCUCCGGACGGCGGCGGCUUCUUUCUGCUCAACCGGUCCGCUCACGGCUCCGUGUCGGGCGCCGGAGCUCCGUCGGCGGGAAGCGCAGCUCUCAUCUCCUCCAUCUACUCGGUGGUGUGCCUGGUGGGUCUCGGCGGGAACUCUAUGGUCAUCUACGUCAUCUUCCGGUACGCUAAGAUGAAGACGGCCACGAACCUGUACCUGCUGAACCUGGCGGUGGCGGACGAGCUGCUGAUGCUCAGUGUGCCGUUCGUGGUCACGGCCGCGCUGCUGCGCCGCUGGCCGUUCGGCACGGCGUUGUGCCGCCUCGUGCUCAGCGUGGACGCCAUCAACAUGUUCACGAGCAUCUACUGCCUGACGGUGCUCAGCGUGGACCGCUACAUCGCCGUGGUGCACCCGCUGCGGGCGUCUCGGUACCGGCGGCCCACAGUGGCCAAGCUGGUGAACCUGUGCGUGUGGAUGUUCUCCCUGCUGGUCAUCCUUCCCAUCAUCCUCUUCUCCUCCACCGCCCCCAACUCAGAUGGCUCGGUGGCCUGCAACAUGCAGAUGCCGGAACCCGAGCGGCGCUGGAUGGCGGUGUUCGUGGUCUACGCCUUCCUGAUGGGCUUCCUGUUCCCGGUGCUAGCGAUCUGCCUGUGCUACGUGCUGAUCCUGAGUCAGUUACGGGUGGUGGCGCUGCGGGCCGGCUGGCAGCAGCGCCGGAAGUCAGAGAGGAAGAUCACAGUGAUGGUGACGGUGGUGGUGUCUGUAUUCGUGGUGUGCUGGAUGCCUUUCCACGUGGUGCAGCUGGUGGGGGUCUUCCUGCAGCGUCACGACCCCACCCUCAGCCAGCUGGCCGUCGUCCUUGGUUACGCCAACAGCUGUGCCAACCCACUGCUCUACGGCUUCCUGUCUGACAACUUCCGCCGCUCCUUCCAGAGGAUCCUGUGCCUGCGCUGGAUGGAGGCCCCCGAGGAGCCCCUGGACUACCUGGACUAUUACAGCACGGCCCUGAAGAGCCGGAGACUCAGCCUGGAUCAGGAGCAGCAGGACCAGGAGCAGGACUCAGAGAACCUUUGGAGGUCCUGUCCCCUCCAAUCUCCAACUACAGGAUGUAGUCUGAACCCUGCUGACACCCCUGAGAUUUAGCCCAGACUGUUUUAAUGUUGUGGUCCUGCUGGAGCUCAAGUUUUACUUUUUGUAUCUACAUAGUCAUGAGACAAGAGACAUUUGUCUCAUCAUCUGUCCAGGUCCAUGAGGCUCCAGAAGGAUGUCCAUAGCCAAACAUUUAUGACCUCAUGGACCAAACAGGGAUAGUUCAGUGACAUUCUUUCAUCAUUUGUCUGUUGGUAAAGUCGUAGAUAAAGUUUGAGUUCAGAUCUGUGAUCAGCUGUUGUUGGACCAGAGACCAGAUUCCUACGUCCUGUUCCUAAAUCCCACAGUUUUACUGCUGAGGACCUGAAGCUGGAGUUUGACUCUUCCGUGUUUAACGAGCUGUGAUCAGCUGUUUCUCUCACAUUUAAAAAAUCACCUCCUUUUGAAGACAUUUCCGUUUAUAACUGAGUCUCAGAAACCUGAGACUUGUAAAAUGAACCUGUCAGUGUGGUGAGAGAACCGAGUCUGUACACUGAAGAAUCAGAGACAGAGAGAAAAGAAAAAAGCUUUCCAGGACUGAAACUACUCAAUUUAUUUCAUAAAAAGUCAAUUUUUCCAGAAGCUGUGGUUCCUGUAAGGACGUUUGGCAAAUAAAAGCUUUUCACGUUAUUUUAUCAUACUUACAUAAGACCAAAUAAUUCCAUUCUACAACAAACUUGUCAGGUUAUUUCACAAAAUCAGCAGAUCUCAUUCAAACAAACCAUUUGUUGUAAAAUGAACAGCUGGUUUGUUAUUACACCUCCAUCUCAUCUGAGGAGACAUGUAUGUCAUGUGACUGAUAACCAUGUAACAGGACGUGUUGACAGUUGGCACCGUGUUUCCUCUCGUUCUGUUAGUGUGAUGAGUUUUUUUAUAAUGACAGAACUUUCUUGUUUAAAUACUUUGUUUUUUUGUAACAGUGAGAAAAUGAUGGAAUGUGAAAACUAUCUUGUUUUAACCUGAAAAGGAAAAACUUUCUGGUUACACUGAGAAAAUGAGGAAAAAGUUGUGAUGGUGGCAGCGAUACGAUGCUUUUAUUUAUCCAUCCAUCCAUUUAUCUAUGAUGUUAUGGGAGAUGUGUAAACCCGACACCAUGGCGAAUGAACAAAUCCUAAACUGAUCCAGUAUCAGCAAGUCAACUGUUUGAUCAGGUUUCUCAUUUAUUAUUGUUUAUUAUAACAAAGCAAUAAUCAGUCACCUUUGAAGUAAAUAUAAAG